GCUUAAGGCUCACAUACAGAGGUCUCUUGUGUUAUAUUAGCCUAUUUUGCUGAUUGUGUUCUUGUGAACUGUUUUUGAAAGGUUUGACUUGUGUCACUGCAUGUGUUUUGUCGUUACAAGGCUUUUGAGACAAAAGGCAUGAGCGAGACUGACCCUGCUAAAGGUUCACCGUGAGAAGUAGGAGAGUUUCUCAGUCAAGUCUAAAAGUGAAAGGAUUAGUGGACUCGAUGGGGUAAAACCCUGCACCGUGUCAGGGGUGCUUGUGGAGUAGGUGAACCAUGCCUCUUAGUUCGUGGUGUAAGCAUAAAGGGUUCGUUGGUGAUGGCACGAAGGGCCUUGAAACUUGCCUCAUUGACAGCAGCUGCUUCUGGCAUCUAUCUUUAUGGAAACAAGUUCCUGGAUCCCAGUGAUUUUGGAGUUGUUCGUGUGGGCCGAACCAUUGCCACAACGGCACUUAUCACCUAUGACUACCUCACCUCUCUUCGGAGCGUCCCGUAUGGAUCAGAGGAGUAUGACUUCCUCAAAUCACAGGUGCAUCUGCGCUCUGCUGAGCGCCUCCGGAAGCUGUGCUGUGUCAACCGAGGCACCUUCAUCAAGGUGGGACAGCACCUAGGAGCACUUGACUACCUGCUGCCUGAGGAAUACACCCGCACCCUCAAAGUGCUGCACAACCAGGCCCCACAGAGCACCCGGCAGGAGAUUGAGCAAGUUAUCCGCGAGGAUCUCGGCAAAGAGAUAAAAGAGCUCUUCAUGAGUUUUGAGUACACUCCAUUGGGAGCAGCAUCACUAGCCCAGGUGCACAAGGCAGUGCUACAGGAUGGGAGAACCGUGGCAGUGAAAAUCCAGCACCCAAAGGUCCAAGCUCAGAGCUCCAAGGAUAUUUUGCUCAUAGAGGUUCUCCUCUUGGUUGUGAAGCAGAUCUUUCCAGAUUUUGAGUUCAUGUGGCUGGUGGAAGAAGCUAAGAAGAAUCUGCCCUUGGAGCUGGAUUUCCUUCAUGAAGGUAGAAAUGCUGAGAAGGUUGCUCGUAUGUUCAAGAACUUUGACUUCCUGAAGGUUCCCAGGAUCUAUUGGGAGCUCUCAUCAAGCCGCGUCCUUCUCAUGGAGUUUAUGGAAGGGGGACAGGUGAAUGACAGGGCCUACAUGGAGAGGAAUGGCAUCGAUGUCAAUGAGAUCUCUCGCAACCUAGGGAAGCUCUACAGUGAAAUGAUCUUUGUGAAUGGCUUUGUGCACUGUGACCCGCACCCAGGCAACGUGCUAGUGAAGAAAUGCCCAGCCUCUGGCAAGGCCCACAUUAUCCUGCUGGAUCAUGGGCUCUACCAGGUGCUGAGCGAGUCCUUCCGCAUGGACUACUGCCGCCUUUGGCAGGCCCUCAUCAAGGCCGACAUGAAGAGGGUACAGAAGUACAGCCGGCGGCUUGGGGCAGGGGAUAUGUACCCUCUCUUCGCCUGCGUGGUGACCGCCAGAUCCUGGGAGGCUGUCAACAGGGGCAUUGACAAGUCACCAGUCUCAACCAGCGAGGAUAUGGAGAUCCGGUCCAACACUGCUGCUUACCUACCCCAGAUCACCCAGCUCCUCAACAAUGUCCCCCGCCAGAUGCUGCUGCUGUUGAAGACCAAUGACUUGUUAAGGGGGAUUGAAUUAGCUCUGAACACACGGGCCAGUGCCAGCUCCUUCCUCAACAUGUCUCGCUGCUGCAUCAGAGCUGUUUCCACGUACCAGAGGAGCAAGAGUCACUCACUUUACAGGAAGGCCCAGAUCUCACUCACAGAAGCCCUGAGCCUGUGGCAGAUCAGCUUGUAUGAACUCUUCCUCUGGCUGAAGGGGUCUCAGCUGGGGAACUGGGUCAUUGCUCUCCUGAGGCGGAGGCACCAUUCUAUGUACUGACAUGAACUGGUGGGAGAGGCCCAGGUGCUCCUGCCCUCCCUUCUGCUCCCCACAGCACAUUUGCCUUUCUGACUGUUUCUGCUAUUCUGUGAGCUAUUUUGGGGUCUUGUUCUAUGUUACACGCUGCACUGUCUUUCUGUCUUUGCCUGUUACAGCAUUAGCUUUCUCUGUGGCACUGGGAGGUGAAGUUGGUACUGGAGCUCUGCCGUUUCAUGGUUUAGGAAAAGGAGGCGUGGGAUACUGUAUGGCAGGAAAGGCAGGGUACUUUCUUUCCCCAUCUGAGCAGGGCAAAUUCCAUUUAGAUUCCAGUGGAAAGCAAAAGCCGCUCCUUGGCUCUUUCUUAAAUAAUCUUACAGAAUUUAAGAGAAUCCCAACCCUGCCUAGAAUGCCCUACAUUUCUCAGCCUCUCAGAGAGAGGUGGUCAGUCCCUUUAAAAUCUAGUAGUGUUUGUGUUAGUUUUUGCAGUCUCCUUAGUCUGAUUUCUGUUCAGGUGUGCAGAGAGUUUCUCCAAAGAGUGAGACCUUGUGGAGAGCUGGCACUAGGGCUUCCUAUCCCACCACCAGGGAAAGGGGACCCUAAUGGUGAGAGUGGUGGACUGGGACUCCAGCUUUCUGAGGUUCAUCUCCAGUCCUGUCAGCAAGUGCCUCUGUGUCUUUGGACUUUUCCUCAUCUGUUUCUUUUCAGGUGAAAUGGGGAAAGGGGACACUGGUCUUGCCUCUUUUCCAAAAUUCAGGAGGAAUGACAACUCAGGGCUCUGAAACUGAUGGUAAUGUAUGUGUUCUGUAAUGUACUGCCACAUAGCAAAAUAAAUGUGUUGUAUCAAAGAC